AUGCUCGGCAACUCCUCUUUGGCACCGCUUCCCAAGCGGAAGCGCUUAUCGUACGCUUGCAAUUACUGCAGGACCAAGAAGACACGGUGUGACGAGCAAUUCCCCAGCUGCCGGAACUGUCAGCUGGCAGGUGUCCAGUGUAUUACCGUUGAUAAAAGGCGGCCGAAUGCACCGGUCCAGCAUCGCCGCAAAGAUCUGCCCGUGACGGAACGAACCCUGGAACCGGAGGCAACAACCAGAGUGGUCGCCUUGGUGUCUCCGGAAACGACGACGGGGGUCAGUCGCUCACCGGAGUUCACCAUCGCUUCAGCACGCUCAAAAUCCCCAUCACCUGGACCGAGAGACUCGAACGAGUGGCGCAGCUGGGACACGAGACAUCUCCCGGUACUCCCGACACGCGCAGGGUCCAGCAUCGUACAGAUCUCGACACAAUGGCUCGACCUAGCUCUUUCUCGGCUUCGAGUUCCACCCUCGAACUACGUCCGUGUCCAGCUAGAGCCCUGUCUAUCCAGCCCAGAGCUUUCGGAUGAGUACACGGUUGCUUCUAUGGAGCCGGGAUUGCCGCCUUUAGACGAGCUCCAUAAGUUGACGAAACUCUUUUUCAAGGUUUAUCAUCCAAUCUAUCCAUUUCUCGAUCGGGAAAUGGUAAUGUUGCUCGUCCGUGGAUCCUCCGACAUGUCACGGCGUUAUGCCAGAACUCGUAGGGUUGGCAAGACUUCUCGGUUGAUGCUCCUUUAUCUAAUCACGACUUUGGGCACAAUGGCAGGCCCAACAGGGUCCCAGCAACAUCUCAACACAUAUCUGGGUUACUGUCACACACUCGUGGGCCACGUCAUCCUGCAGCCAUCAAUAGAGGCAGUUCAGGCGCUCCUUCUUUUCUCAAUAACCCUCCGUCUCCGGGAUCAACUAUCGCAGGCAUGGGAUGUGCUCACGCUCGCUAUCUCCAUGUCGCAGACAUUGAGGCUGGCCCAUCUUAGUGCUCACUUACGAACCAUACAUGACACGGUAUCAGACAGCGACAAGAAUCCCAUGCGCACAUGGUGGGCCCUGUACGUAUUCGAGAAGUUUCUCGCCUUUGACUCCGGUCGACAGUCCACCCUGGACGAUCAGAGGUUAUCAUCCGUAGGGCGACAACACCCAACAGACCCGAUGAAUAAUGGAAAGAUGCUGGUACUUCAAGAUUAUGAGAAAUUCCUCACCAGCCUGGCAAAUGUAUUGCGUGAGAUGCAACAUCGUUCAUGGCAUACAUGGCGGACAGAGAGUCUAGAUACAACGAGCGACGCGGAUGCCCGGGCGAGCAAGAUUCGUACUGCGGGCGCAAUCGACACAUUGCUGUGGGAAUGGCAAAGAAGCCUGCCCUCUGAAUAUCAGAUCGGGACGUCUAGCUCCGCCGAUGUGCAGCUCACACCUCAGUGGGCUUUCCUCUCAUUUUACUAUCACCAAGCGAUCAUUGUCUUGUAUCGAAACACUCUUUUGCUGGAUUGGAGUGAGGUGAAAAGGGAGGUUGAUCGGUAUGGAUCUGGGGAACCUUGGCACUUACGGCUUCGCAAUGGGCCCCAAAUAUGUCUUGAGGCCGCGAAGGACAUGACGGACCUCCAAGUCAUGGUGGCUGAGGCCGGUGAACCCAGCUUUUUGGUCCUAGGCACCUCACCGCUAGCAGCGGCCUACGUCUUGGCCGUCCAUAUCCGUCGCCAGCCAGCCUCUAUCUUGAGCCGGGCACACUCCGAGCUCAUGAAGGCGGCCAUGGCUAUCUCGCGACAAAGAUAUUCAUCCAGUACAACUCAAACCCCGUUGCAUAAGUCACUCGAUGCUUUAGAGCGCUAUGUCUCUGAGCUACUAGGCGAUAUAGCCAUUCAGUCUUCAGUCGAGUUCAACGCGGACCUUAGGGAGAAUCAUCUUACCACGAUGACCAUUACGGAUCCAGCGCUGUCAAAUCCGCUCGAACCUCCACCAUUCUCGUGGGGAUCGUUCGACUUGCUGAGUUGGGAUUGGAAUGAGCUCGUUCCGCAGACCUAA